AUGCCUUCUGACAAGAAAAGGACUUCAAGACAGGUUAUAUCUAUGUCAAUGUCUAGCUCGGAUGAUGAUAUCUGGGGAUCCGAGUCUGAUGGUGCCCCCGAGGCUAUUGGAUCUACUGAAACAGUCGAGGUAAGGAAGCUUCGGUUGAUUCACAGUAAAAGAGGAUACCUCGACGGAAUAUCGUCUUCAAAAGAGGAAAAUUUGCAAAAGGGGUUUGACGACUCGUUCGAGCAGGGCGCGGUGUUGGGCAAAAGAGUUGGGAAAGUACUUGGAGGACUUUAUAUACUUGGGAUGCUGCAUGGGCGUUUCGACGAAAAGCUCACAGACGAUUUGAUGGAAGCUCAGAAGGAGCUCAAAAUUAACAAAGUGCUUAGUACAAAACAUUUCGACGAGAACUGUAAUUUGCUGGGCGUUCCCAACCCAAUAGAUAAGUGGGAAAAGAUCCUGACGGAGCACCAAAAAAGAUACUUGUGA